AUGCAUAGGCCUGAAUUUGCAUGGUUGCAAGCUCUUCAACGAGCCCACAGUCUUCGAGAACCUUCUGCAUCAAAAAAGUACCAAAACUGGAAGAAGAAAAUUCAGUCAAAUUUUCCUCUAUUGUACAAGAAAAACGGGUCGUCUUCAAAGGAUACCUCUGCCUGUGUUCAAAGUGUCUUUAAGGAUGAGGUCUUUCAGACAGAGCUGAUAUCUCCUGACAAGAGUCCAGAAAUUACAAGAGGACAUUUCAAGCUACACAGCCCAGCAUUUCAAAGGAAAGGAAAAGCCAAAGAUAAACCCAGUGAAAUUGCAUCCUAUGUUCCUCACUAUUCACUCCACAACUGCCCUGAUAGCUUUCCAUUGGCACAUAGCAAAUCCACUUGUCACGUUGAUCUGACUUCACCUCUCAGUUACCCUCAGCUUGAAGGCAAGGAUUACAGAACUGAAGAUGCACAUUUAGGAAACUGGGUGAUGAAUAGUGAGCCACUGAUCUCUCAGUUGUAUACAAAGAAUUCAGGGUUGUCCUCUGCAGACCCUGAUGACGAAGAUAAGAAUGCCAAAGAACAGCAUGAUAAACAUUUGAACAAAGCUAAAAACAAGAUAAUGAGGAGGUUGACACUUUCAAUGGAGCAGAAGCCCAGAAGACUUGCUCUGGAUGAUGCUGAGCUAGAUAUUACAAGAAUGGAACGUGACUGCCAAGGAAUUCCAGACCAGAAGAAUGCUUAUUUUAACAGAUAUGAGAACAUACCGAAACAAUCCAGUUGUGGUCAAUCUCAGAGGUUCUCAGAUAACCAUUCUCCAGUUUUGUCUCCUGGACAGACGCUUUCAAAGAAUGUUGGUGACUGUCCCAAAGAACACACUGCCACCCAGCCGAAAUCACCACUGAGGCUAAUUGCCAAAGCUAUAAAGAAAUCCAUCAUAGAACCUCUUACUUCUCCUCCAGCAGGUUUGAAAAAGGCCCAGGACACACCUGCCAAAUUUCCUUUGGAAAGCACAUUUUUCAAUUUCCCGCAGGCCCUGGUUCGCUCUGCUAGUCUCAGAUGCAGCAAGAAUCAUGGAGACUAUAACGUACAAACACAGGAGCUCAGUGUGUUGGAUGAUGCAGAAAAAAGACUUGGAACGAGGAGUUCAAAUGGCUCUCAUUUUUCCAGCAGUCCGAGAGAGGAAUAUUCAUGUGUUGACAAAGGCACGUCUUUUCCUGUUUACAGUGCGCAUAGCAGCCCUUCCCAGAGUCUUCAUAAGCCCGAACAUUCCUCUUCUACCAAUGCUGAUGAUGUGCCAACACUUCUAGAAAGGUUUACCCUUAAAGAGAACCUCUGGAAGUCUGCCAGGGAUGAGUGGUGUGCUCACAAUCAAAAGAACACCCGCUAUUCAUCUCUAAGGCACAGGAACAAAAACGCUGAUUCCGUUUUGGAUGGUCCUGAACAGAGGAACAAUGUGUGGAACCUAUUCAGCAGCUUUAGGAAUAAAGCAGAUGUCAAAGUUAAAAGCCCUGUGUCACCCUGUACCAUCUUUGAUGUUGAUGAAGUACUAAAUAGUUCUUCCAAAGGAGACUACUUGGGUUCUGAACAUUUACCUGCCAGAAAACAAGUUGUUGACUAUUGCUCUUCAUCCUCUGACAGCGAAUUAGAAGGCAGGUCUUCAUUGCCACGCAAGACAAAAAGAACUCUGAGAAGAAACAGAAAGUUGGAAAAGGAAACAAAGCAACUGGUUAAACAAGAGGAACUAAAGAGGCUCCAUAAAGCACAGGCUAUCCAGCGGCUACUGGAAGAAGUGGAGGAGAAGCAGCGAGCUCUGGAGGUGUAUGGUGUUCAGCUCGAGAGGGAACUACGAGGAGAAUCAGAUUCAAGCACACAAGAUGAAACUCAACUGUUACAUGAAUGGUUUGAGCUGGUAUUGGAGAAGAAUAAAUUAAUGCGCUAUGAAUCUGAACUGCUGAUCAUAGCCAAAGAGCUGGAAUUCGAGGAUCAUCAGAACUAACUGGAGAAGAGAGAGGGAGAAAUGACCUUGAUGGUUCCAGGACAGAAUGCUGGGAGUAGCCAAAUUCAUCGCCCACCUUGCCAGCCCAUGCAACCAUCCAGCUGCAGCCACACCCCACCUGACAGAGAUGGAUUUAGGAGCUGUGACCAGUGGAAAAAAAAGGUGAAAGGCAGCACUUGGGGAGUCUGAGAAAGGGAAUACAAAUUCUCAAUGUUGUACACACUGGCGCCAGGCAAAUAUUUUCCUUUCCAGCAUAGUGACCACCAGCACUGCAAGAUCAUGUUUAAAAUGUUGUUGAAGAGGAAAGCCCUGCAUGCUAUGACCGCCAUGAGAAGAAUGGUGUUCUCCUUACAAGUUCUAAAAAUAGCUCUUCAUUCACAUCAACAUAUGCAAAAUGAAUAAAUGAGUUCUAUGCCUGUCUUGUCUGAUUUGCAUCCAUUGCAGAAAUUGAUGUUCAAAGGGUUUGUUUUUCACUUCCUGGAAUUUAAAUUCCGAGUGCUCUUGAAAGUCACGGAACUAUAGUAUUGAUUUAGUUGAAAGCAAAACCAAGAUUGUAUCAUUUUUCAUUCACCUGUCUGUAUUUGUGAUUGUUCCUUCUGCAUGUUUUACUUCAUGAAUAUGUCACAAAGCAAAGUGUUACAAUUUUUAAAACAAGCAUCACCCGUAUAGCAACACAUUAACCUUAAGCAGCAUUUCUUGUAGUGGAAGAAGAUAUUCUUUAAAUUACAGAUUAUAUGUGUACAUUGUAAGCAGCAGAAAAAGUG